CAACAACAUGCCGCCUCUAUGGUCUGCUGAAGUACGCCAGCGACCACCAUGGGAAACACCCCGAGUUCUCAUAAGAUUUCCGCACAGGAUAAAGCUAUCCUGGACAUGAAGAAUCAACGCGAUAAGCUGCAUCAAUACCAACGGCGCAUUACUGUUCUUACCGACCGAGAAAGGGCAAUAGCGAAGGAGAUGCUGGCAAAGGGUGAUAAGCCAAGAGCCCUGCUAGCAUUGCGCAGGAAGAAGUAUCAAGAGUCUUUGCUGGCGAAGACGGAUGCGCAACUGGAGCAAUUGGAAAAGUUGACUAGCAGUGUCGAAUUCGCACUUGUACAAAAGGACGUUGUCUUUGGAUUACAACAGGGAACGCAUGUCCUCCAGGAGAUACAUAAAGAAAUGGGAGGGCUAGAACAUGUGGAGAAGUUGAUGGGCGACACUGCAGAGGCAAUUGCUUACCAGCGGGAGGUGAGUGAUAUGCUAGGUGGAAUGAUGUCAAAUCAGGAUGAGGAUGAGGUAGAGGACGAACUCAACGCUCUGGAAGCGGAAAUUACUGGUGUCCCGUUACCCAGUGUACCAACGUCGGAGUUACUGAGCAAGAAGAGAGCAGAGGCUAGACAGCGGGAACAGGAAGAGCAGAAGGUCGCUAUGUUGGCGUAGCGACAGAGUAGAUUGCAUUGCAAGGCGUUCAUGACCAUUUGAGCGGUUAGAAAAGAAUACCCAAGAAUUACAACCGGAUACUACGAUCUAACUCAUGCGCCACGGCGUAAUAAUAAAGAAAUCUGAGUGUAC